AUGCAAAUUGUGGAUACUGCGGGGAUUCACAACCUAGCAAAUCAACUUGGUGUAGGUGAAUCAUACUUCUCAUUCUUAGAUACUGUUACUGAUGUGCUUACUGCUGACGAUUAUAAGAUUCUGAUGGACAGUGGGUGGCGUCGUUGUGGUAGGCUUACUUACAAGCCAAACAACCGUGAAACGUGUUGUCCCGCCUACACAAUUCGAUGUGAUACAGCGAAUUUUCGGAUUUCCAGAGCACAAAAGAAAGUUUUGCGGGUGGUAAACAGUUAUUUACGCACCGGUAAAACUUUUGGGAAUGAAACAACUUUUCCUGAUACAACUGACAGUCGCGGGGACUGCCCAGUUGAACUAAAAGUUAUGUGCAGUUCACAAAAUGUUAGGUUACAGGCCUCUGGGGAUUCAGAGUUGCCUCCAAGGGAUAGGACAGAUCCAAUCAAGACAGGGAGGUCGGGCUCGGCUCGGCGUAGAAGAUGGCAAGCCUUGCAAGAUCGUAUGGCAAAGCGAGCUAGGGAGUUGGGCGUUCCAUAUGAGUCCUUGUUGGAGGAAUACUUCAUUCGGAGACAAAAGCGACUGGACAAGAACAAACCGAAAGAACUGGAAGAAUGUCUCGACCCCUCUCACGAUGCAAAUAAAGCUGCUCACUUCAUAGAAAUCCGUAUGCAUAGUUGUAACCCCAGGUCACCCGAAUUGGAUGCAACUCUGGAUGACGAAUUUAAGUUGUACUCGGAUUAUCAAGUCGCUGUCCACAAAGAUCCCCCAGAGAAAUUAAAGCGAAAAGGCUUCAUGAGGUUUCUUGUCAGCUCGCCACUAGUGUCCGCCCGUGACGCAGAAGUAGAGGCCAGUGGUGCUCCGCAAUUUGGCUCCUACCAUCAACAGUACUGGCUGGACGGGAAGAAGCUGAUUGCAGUUGGCGUGAUAGACUUAGUCCCCGGCUGUCUUUCCUCCGUAUACUUCUUUUACGAUCCGGCUUAUUCUUUUCUCCGUUUGGGCACCUAUUCUGCUCUACGAGAAAUAGCUUUUGUUCGCCACCUGCAUCGCAAUUAUGGAUCAAGAGCGUCCGCAUACGCCGACUUCACUCAGUACUACAUGGGCUAUUACAUUCACUCAUGCGUCAAAAUGCGUUACAAAGCUUUGUUUUCCCCCUCCUAUCUCUUAUGUCCGGAGACCUACGUGUGGGUUCCAAUAGAGAGGUGCCAGCGCCUGUUAGAUCUCAACAAGUACGCACGAUUUGCUGACACCAACAUCAAAAAGACAUCAAGUGUGGAAGCCGACAAGGUGGUUGUUAUCCUUCCCCUCUCCAGUGCUCUGACUUCGCUUCUUCCUCAAUUCCAAUUCACCACUGAAGGUAACACCAUUGUUACAACCGCUUCUGCAGUCACGCGAGUGCUUACAAAGCAUGGACUCAAACUGCUGCGGGACUGGACUAGCCUGGUUUGUUCUACUGGCACUAUGCGCAUCGACUUUUCUCGCUGA